GUCUGAUGUGUUACACUGUUGAAAUACACAUGUAUUGCCAUAAAAGAGUGUGACAAACAAAUGUUUACACACAGGUUUUCAGAAAGCAAACCAGUGAUGAGGAUCAGAAGGGAGGAUUAAGGUCGAUUUUUCUUUUUUGUAACGUGAAAAUCAAUGUGCUCAAGUGAAAAUCUUUUUAUCAGAUCACCUUUUUUUGUUUUAGCUCAGACAAAGUGCACAGAAUGAGUUGCAAGCUGCAUGACAGAGAAGUGUGAAAACCAGAGACGCUCUUCUUAUAUUUCCACACACUCUGUUGCCACAACUAUCUGCUGCACCUGCACCUUUCUACACUCGCAUGAGUGCUGGCCUCAGAGGCGACAUGGAGCAGGAAGGGGAGCUGGUUCGGUCCAUUUACUUCGGGAGAAUUGGGAGUGAGGCCACAGAGAGGCUGCUGGAGAGGUUUGGACGUGAUGGCAGCUUUCUGCUGAGAGACAGCGACACCAUGCAGGGGGCCUACUGUCUGUGUGUGAGGAAAGCCCCGUUUGUGCACACCUUCAGGCUCGUACACUCCAUCGACGGCUGGUGUCCUCAGAGUUCAGGCAUCAGACGGCAGAGCUUUGGGACACUGGAAACACUGAUAGAGAACUACAGAGGAGGUUCAGCCUCUGGUGUCACAACAGUCCCCCUCACACACCCACUGGACAGAACACAGCUACAGUACAUCAGUAAUGGACAAGUUCCAGCUUUUUCCUCUACAGAGUUUGUCUACAUGGAAAUGAGCAGGGGCGGCGGGGGCGGCGGCAGCGGCAGCGGCGGAAGCAGCAGCGGCGGCGGCAGCAGCAGGUCCAUCAGUUAAGGCUUUGCCUUCAGACGAGUGGACCAACGCUGUUAAUCAGGCGGACAAACUGAAGAUGAGAGAAACAUGUAGAAUGUGGCAAAUCAAGGAUCUGCCAUAUUUUUUGUGUUUAAUUUUGUAUCUUUAUUUGUGUCACUUUAGCAUCAGCUCAUUGUAAUUGUUCUCUUUUGCUUUGUUCAUUUCAGUGAUUCUGUUCAUUAUUGCUGUAAUACUUUAUUCUCAUUGAUAAUAUAUGUAUUUGUUGCUCUGUGGCUAAACCUGGUUUAGUUUGUUUGGCUCAUACAAGUCCAGCUUAUUACACUUUUGAACCAUGGAGGUUAUCCUAUCGAUACUUUGGUCUGUUGGCAGAUGACCCUAUUAUCUUUCUAAUUAUAUAUAGAGGAAGUCCCAACCAAAAAAAGUAAAACUUUCUACAACGUUUUAGACACACGUUUCUCUUAGUUAGACAACAAAUAGCUUUCUGAGAUUAAUAUCAAGAAGUUUCUUUAGAUCCUCUAGAAGAGUGUAGGUUGUCCUUGAGGUGGGUGAGGAGCACUUCAAAAGUCCUUAUAUGAAAGCAGUCAACAUAGUUUGUAGCUAUGCUAAGCUAAGCUAACUGUAGUUUAAUGUUUAAUGGAAAGAUGUUGUAACAGUGGUGUUCUCAUCAUCUUCUCAUCUAACGCUCUGCCAGAAAGCAAAUUAGCAAAUUUCAUAAAAUGUCAAACUUUUGCUUUUGUGUUGAUUCAUUCUUCAUCCCAUUUUAUUGUUUUCAUAUUUUUUUAAAUGCUGUGUGGGUUUUUUUUAAUUAUGUUUUAUUGUCAGAUGUGUAAGUGUCAACGUUUGUCUAAAUGCUGGAUUUUUGCUUUUGCUGAUACCAUCCUGUAAACAAUGAGCUGCGAUAAUAACGACUGCAAACUGGACCAUUCUGUACAAAUAAAGGUUGACUAAAUUAAUAAA